CCCGACUCCGUCAUCAGAAUUGGGAUUACCUCGUUCGAGUGGACGCUGUGAUCAUGGACGCGAGAAAGUGCGAAUGUUGUUGGAGCUGCAAAAUUCCCCGACGCUAGUACGCGCUUUCAAUAGACUUUGGUGAGCUUUCGUGUAACCAAGAAAUCGUUGAGCGGUACGAAGAUAUUUGGUGUGGACCACGAGGGGACGCUGCCGAUCGUGACGCCUGUGCUUCGCGCGCAUCAUGCGCAGCGUUAGCAGCGCCGGUGACGGCGGGUCCUGCGAGCUGUGGAGCCCGUGUUGCGGGUGUGCGCGGCGUGGGACGCUGUAAGAGCCGAUGCGGGCCUCGGAUGACAGCAAGCCUGGCUUGCUGGUGAAAGACGUGUGGACGUCAGUACCGCCACAGUCCUUGCCGGAGUUCUACAGCAUAUUGGUCAGUUCCUUUCAUUCUGUUAUAGCUCUGGAGCCGACUUUAUCCUCAAGAGUUCAUUGCAAAAGCGUAAAUACUAGAGUAAAAUUAGUGACAUGGCUUUUGUAAUUCUUUCACGAGCUCGUCUGGCGCCGGACUCUACAACUAGAUGCGUACGGCGCUUGAGCGGAGGAGCCCGAGCGAGUGGUACCCCGGUGGCCCCGGCUGUGUGCGAGCUGCUGCGGCCCCGGCUGCGUGCGAGCUGCUGCGGCCCCGGCUGCGUACGAGCUGCUGCGGCCCCGGCUGCGUACGAGCUGCUGCGGCCCCGGCUGCGUGCGAGCUGCUGCGGCCCCGGCUGCGUACGAGCUGCUGCGGCCCCGGCUGUGUGCGAGCUGCUGCGGCCCCGGCUGUGUGCGAGCUGCUGCGGCACCGGCUGUGUGCGAGCUGCUGCGGCCCCGGCUGUGUGCGAGCUGCUGCGGCCCCGGCUGUGUGCGAGCUGCUGCGGCCCCGGCUGUGUGCGAGCUGCUGCGGCCCCGGCUGUGUACGAGCUGCUGCGGCCCCGGCUGUGUGCGAGCUGCUGCGGCCCCGGCUGUGUGCGAGCUGCUGCGGCCCCGGCUGUGUGCGAGCUGCUGCGGCCCCGGCUGUGUACGAGCUGUCGAUGCGGGCCUCAGACGACAGCAAACCUGAUGAGCGCCUGCUGGCAGAGGUGGUGGGCGACGACGUGUGGACGUCGGUACCGUCGCAGUUCUCGCUGGAGUUCUACAACACUUUGAUUGAACACCACGCGAGGACGCGUGAUAACGUCAGGAUGGCCGUGUCGGAGAACAGUUCGUGAACACACUUAAGACGACCGCUGCCAGCCCCUUUUCCAUGAAUCACUUCAAAAUCAAUUGGUUUAGUUUUAAGUUCUCACCAAAUUGUAAAGAUAGUGUGAUCGACACAUGUUAAGUACGUAAGACAAAAAACAGUUAAGGGCUGCGACCCUGCAAAGAGUGUGGUUUUUUUAGGGACGCUAUAGGACCCAGCCGAUACGAGGAAGGGUCAGACACACAUUCCUUCAUUGGACGCGGUUGCGCGAUCACGCUCAUCUCUUAGGACAAUCCUAAUUGUAAACUAGUGUAGUAUUAACAACUUUUGUAAAAGCUUACUUUACGUUAUUGACUGUUAUCAUUGCGAAUACAAUAUUGUAAUAAACAUGGACAAACA